GUCACGCAUCAGUCAUCAGUCAUCACCUAAAUUGUUCUUACCACCGCGUUGGAGGACCGGUUCCCUUCCUAGUGUAUCGAAAACUAGAAAACCCUAGUCAAUUCUGGUAUAUAUUCCUCGUCUCUGUCAUUUCUCCUCGCGAUCAGAAGUAGCAAGUGCUCCUCAAGUCAUCAGAGACCUUCUCUGGUCACCAUUUUGAGUUUUCAAUAUGGCAGAUGGAUUACAGCAUCCAUCGGUGUUUCAGAAGAUAUAUGGGCAGUCUUACCAUAUCUCGAGGCUUCCUCCUGACUCGUUCCUUCGGAAUCAUAGUGUUAUUGGUGCUCCUUUCCGCAAUGGAGGUCUGCAGACUCCUUUGUCGUCUGCUUAUCAAUGCUCUGACUUGGCACUUCCGCGUCCUCUCCCUCAAGUGUUUGUACAAGCUCCAGUAGAAGAGAAAGGCGUCAAGGGUUUUAUGGUUGAUUUCCUUAUGGGAGGAGUUUCUGCGGCUGUUUCCAAGACUGCUGCUGCUCCGAUUGAGCGUGUUAAACUUUUGAUUCAGAAUCAGGAUGAGAUGAUUAAGUCUGGUCGUCUAGAUAGACCAUACAAGGGGAUUACUGAUUGCUUCGCGAGAACCAUCAAGGAUGAAGGUGUCCUUGCUUUCUGGAGAGGGAACACUGCUAAUGUUAUCAGAUACUUCCCCACCCAGGCCCUAAACUUUGCAUUCAAGGAUUACUUCAAGAGGCUGUUCAACUUCAAAAAGGACAGAGAUGGAUACUGGAAGUGGUUUGCCGGGAACUUGGCAUCAGGUGGUGCUGCUGGUGCUGCCUCUCUUCUCUUUGUGUACCCACUGGAUUAUGCUCGAACACGUUUGGCCAAUGACGCAAAGGCAGCUAAAAAGGGUGGCGAGAGGCAGUUCAAUGGUUUGAUUGAUGUGUACAAGAAAACCAUCCAAUCUGAUGGCAUUACUGGCCUUUAUCGUGGAUUCAAUAUCUCUUGUGUUGGAAUAAUAGUAUACCGUGGGCUAUAUUUUGGAAUGUAUGAUUCCCUGAAGCCUAUGGUCCUUGUUGGUUCUUUGCAGGAUAGUUUUUUGGCAAGUUUCCUACUGGGAUGGGGAAUCACAAUAGGCGCUGGAUUGGCCUCUUACCCCAUUGACACGGUGCGCAGAAGGAUGAUGAUGACCUCUGGAGAAGCUGUUAAAUACAAGAGCUCCCUGGAUGCAUUUCAACAAAUCAUCAAGAAGGAAGGGCCUAAAUCUCUCUUCAAGGGCGCUGGUGCUAACAUCCUGCGUGCUGUGGCUGGUGCCGGCGUGCUUGCAGGUUACGAUAAGCUACAGCUCAUUAUGUUUGGCAACAAAUAUAGAUCUGGUGGAGGUGGCUAAUAUAUGAGUACUGUGGGUUCUCAUGACAAUGAUGAAAAAACAAUAGUUGUAUAGGUUCUCAAGGUAGAAUAAGUUUGGAUGAAGAACAGUACUUAAGAUAAAUUUAGUGUGCUUGUAUUGUAUUGAGUAUCCUUUUACUUUUUUGGUGAGUAUUAAGUGCAAUGUACUCUUUUGAGUCAAUUAUUCACUAUUUGAACUUUAAUUUUGUUCUAUAGUGGAAUGAAGUUGCUUAGAUAAAA